UCAAGAAAGCCAAGAGUCCAUGCAACUGUAUAUAAUCACAGUGAUCACCACAUCUUAUCAAGUAACUAACAUCGCUUUUAAGUAGCAGGCUUGACGUGCGCUCUUGUGGAACUCAGGGAGGCACCCAGGUGCGCCCCAUGUUGCAUUUAGGACACACUGGUACCGGCGGUACCUGCGGGACUUAAAGCACAGUUGGGACUUCAAAGAAGCGUUGGGCUGUGGGCCAGUGAUGCCGGACACAUUCACGCUCAUAAAGAACAGGACAGAGCCACGGCUGGGGCAGCUAGAGCGCACACUGGCCACGGAGGGGAGCGCCCGCCCCGCCUGGGUCAUAGGUAUCCUGGCCAGUGUGCUGAUCUUCACCACCGUGGUGGACGUGCUGGGGAAUCUGCUGGUGAUCAUCUCGGUGUUCAGGAACCGCAAACUGAGGAACUCGGGUAAUGUGUUUGUGGUGAGUCUGGCAUUUGCUGACCUCGUGGUAGCCUUCUACCCCUACCCCUUGGUUCUCUAUGCCCUCUUCCAUGACGGAUGGGCACUGGGAAACACUCAAUGCAUGGUCAGUGGUUUCCUCAUGGGGCUGAGUGUCAUCGGUUCCAUUUUCAACAUCACUGGUAUAGCAGUGAACAGAUACUGCUACAUCUGUCACUCAUUCUCCUACAGUCGGCUGUACAGCUAUCGCAACACUCUGCUGUUUGUUGCCUUAAUUUGGGUGCUCACAAUAGUGGCCAUUAUCCCCAAUUUCUUUGUUGGUUCCCUUCGUUAUGACCCGCGGGUCUACUCCUGCACCUUCGCCCAGAAUGUCAGCAGUUCCUACACAGUGGCAGUGGUGGUGAUUCACUUCUUGGUUCCCAUUGCAGUGGUUACCUUCUGUUAUCUACGAAUCUGGAUACUUGUGAUUCAGGUGCGCCGUAAAGUGAAGACAGAGGAGAGCCCUCGCCUCAGACCAAGUGACUUGCGGAAUUUUAUCACCAUGUUUGUGGUCUUUGUGCUAUUUGCCAUCUGCUGGGCUCCACUUAACCUGAUUGGCUUGGCGGUGGCCAUAGAUCCGUCCCGUGUGGCUCCCCGAAUCCCUGAGUGGCUUUUUGUGGUCAGCUACUUCAUGGCCUACUUCAACAGCUGUCUGAAUGCCAUUAUCUAUGGCUUACUCAACAGGAAUUUCAGGAACGAAUACAAACGCAUUGUCACCUCCGUGUGGGUGACUCGGCUUUUUGUGACAGAGACUUCGCGGGCUGCAACGGACGGCAGGAGCAUGAGGAGCAAGCAAUCGCCGCCUCCACCGCUCAACAACAACGAUAAUGUCCAGCCGCGAUGCCCAGAGGAUGGUCUGAGUAACAUGAACCAAAGGGAAAUCUGUGGAAUGUAA